GCCCUAGAUCGGUCACGAGUGCUAUGCCUAAAUCGUCUAAAGACCCAUUUUCCACCCUAAUAUCCUCCUUGCCAACGAAAUUAGGGAAUGUCUAUUGUUACUACAUUCGUACAUCAGACUGACUGCAAACGCGAUGAAAGAGGCAGGCACAACAAGACCGCGCUUCACAGCGUUUGCUCCAACGGAUUGUCACACCUGCCUAUCAGGGAAUCGUAAAUGCGAGAGACAGCGACCAUACUGCUCAACAUGCCUGGAAAGAGGGGUCAAGUGCGGUGGCUAUGCCACUACUCUUUCGUGGCAUUCAAGCAGAGCAUAUUCAGGCAGGACAUCAUCAAGAGGUCAUCAGCAAAGGCCUAAUCGAAGGUCACCUUUUCAAGAUCAACAAUGCGGUCGUGGUGGCCCGACCAACUUGAUCACAGAAACUGCAGGCACUUUUCGCCUUGCUGAGACUCGCAGUAGGGGAUCAAAGAAAACGUCUCCAGUGACCCCUUCACAAACUGAAGACAACCUUGACCAGCACUCCGAAUCGCCAGAAGGGACGAUUGCCGUCAUCGAAGAUGAAGGCCGGUUGGUGGACACGACGAAUAUCGACUCAUUUCUGGAUGAUUUCGCGCCAGAGACAUACCCGGAAAAUGCCCAAGGCCAUGAUGUAGUACCGGGACUCGGGGUUACCAGCCCUAGUAUUCAGCAUCUAGUACCUUGGACAGGCGGUGAGGCACAGAACAACGAGGUCAUCGAUUAUGAGGAUGUCCUUCCCACGGCGAUACCUUCCACGACAGUGGCAGUAGGUCAUCUUGACUCAGCAACAUUGUCACCUAGUAACUUGUUAUCGGGCUCGGACAUCGUUCUUUCCUUCGACUGGUCGAACAUGGAGCCAGAAGACACUCAAGAAAUGCUCGACAGUGCAUUCAGCACGUUUCCACUCGCACCAUAUCCCGGCGCAGCCUGGCGCCAGCAGCAUGAGAUGGCGUUGAAAUAUUACGACACAGAUCUAUGCAUCCUUCCCUUGACCUCAGAUAUGGUCAUUAAUCCAUUUCGCAUCAGAGGGUUCGCUUCUGAAGACUCUCAGCUUCUUGUUCAGUCCGUGCUGGCGCUCUAUUCUCAACAUCAGGUCAACACCGGCAACACGCAGCCCACAGAAGCAAUGAAAAAGCGUUCCCAAGUAGCUGAGAUGCUUAGCCAAGCCCUACAAAACGGGCAAUCGAGCCACAAGACCAGCUGUCUCCUGGAAGCCAUACUGAUAAUGUUUACCCUGGAUUGUACAAUAUCGGCGUUGGGCAACUGGGCGGACCAUAUUCGCAAUGCCGCGACCGUUUUCGAGGCAUGGGGAGGAGCCUCUGCGCUCAACAGUCCCCGACUACGAUCACAAGCUAGCAUGCUCGUCUGGUGGGAUGCAACACUGGCCAUGAUAUCAAGACAAGGCGUUAGGUUACAUCCGUCCUACUUCGAACACCUUCUGAACCACGAGUUGAACGACGGAUGGUCCUUCUACGAACUGACCGGUUGUCCCACCGAACUCGUGGUGUUUCUUGUCCGGCUUGCUGAGAUGGCCCGACAGAAGGAACUGGCUGACUCUAUGCAAUUUCUGACCUUCGACAUGACUGUCGUCCUGGAUAUCGAACAGCAGCUUCUGCAUUGGAAGAACAGUCUCGAGGUCGAGGUAGGCGCUGGAUAUGUUCAUGGGGGGAUGAUCAACUUGCUGGAUGAUGAUGUCGAGGACGAUAGUCCUACCACUUCUGAAGAAGGCGAGAAUGAGGGAGAGUAUUCCAAGAAACGGGAUGACUAUCAUUGCAUGGAAGCCUGGAGGUACGCGUUGCUUCUCUACAUUCAACGAGUGUUCCGGUGGAACCGCCAAUCUCAUCGCCGACCACGGGCGAUACUGCCACUCACCUGCAAAAUCAUCGAGCACUGUCGAAACUGCCGUAAGACAUCGCAGGUGCAGAAACAGCUUCUCCUUCCGAUUUUUCUGGCCGGCGCCGAAGCACGAGAUAGAGACGUGCAGGACACUGUUCGUGCUUACUGUCUCUGGUGGGGCGCAAGGAGCCGUUACGGAAUGUUCUACAGUGUUUCUAGCCUGCUGGAGGAGUACUGGGAGAACAAACCUUCCAAGGAUGGAAGCCCUGUGUGGUGGGGGUCAUUCUUAGACUCAAAGUCUCCCUCCGGAAGAGCUGGAGAUGUGACGGCACAAUUUCUCUUCGGUUAA